AACCCUGUCUAGUCGAUGCUCGCUCGCUUAAAUCAUUUACUGCUUUAAUAAAAAAAAAAAAAAGCUGUUCAUUUGGUUUGAUUGAAGGUAGCUAACGCAAACCGGCUUCAUGGGAACCAGCAGUUUAUAAUUUCUAUAUACUGGUGUUGUUGAAUGUGGAGUUUGAUUUCCUAUGCACAACUUCUACCAGAUGCUAACCUAGCUAAUGCUACACCAUCUAACAAACACCGUCCAGUAAUAAUAUGCUUAUAGUUAUAUGUGCGUUCAAAUGGAUAUUUUUGUGUAAACAGAAAGCAACACAGUCUGUCUACUACCGCAGUAAGAUAGCUAGUUAACCCAUGAGACGGUUGUUAGCCUCCGUGUUGCUAGAGGCCCACUCCGGGAAUGUAGCCUGCUAGCUAGCUCCAGUCUAUUACAAGAUAACGCAGCUGGAUAUUUUCAUCUUUAAAUUAGCGAUGGAUCCAGAGAGACAGAAGCGCAAGGAGGAAAUAGAGAAAGCCCUGGGAUUCAUUCAGUCAUCUUUGCCUUUCCCUGAUCCUGAUGGUUAUGAGGCAUUUUUGACUCAGUUAGUGUGCAACUUGCUGGAUGAAGGUAACACAGUGUUUCGUGAGGGAGAUUGGAGGCAGGCAAUUGUGCACUACAGCGAAGGUGUGAAUGUAGCUCGAUAUGCCCAGUCUGAAGCGCUAGUCCUUCCUCCAGAACUGCUUGAAAGUCUCUAUGUGAACAGAGCAUCUGCACACUAUAGCCUUGAAGAGUAUGAGCAGGGGGUGCAGGACUGUGACUGCGCUCUGGCUGUGUCUGAGGGCAGCCGGAGAGCACUUUACAGGAAGGCACUGUGCCUGAGAGAGCUGGGUCGAUUCAGAGAGGCCUACGAGUGUGGCACUGGGUGCCUGCUCGCUUCCCCUCAUGACAGACAAGUCAGCGAGUUGGCUAAAGACCUGGCUAACAAACUUGGCCUGAAAAUCCGCAAAGCCUAUGUUAGUCCUCAGGUUGAUUCCACAACAUCUGGCCCAGCAAAUAAUGGGGAAACUGCACCUUCUGCUGGGGAGACAUCCUCAAAUGGUCUUGAGUCAUUGACAGACAUUGGGUCAGAUUUGUCAAAUGCCCAGUGCAUCCCUGCACCUUUGGCCACCCCUAUUCCAGUCAGUGAUGACCCUGCAAUGCCCUCACUGAGUCCCAUAGUUCAUCAGGACACACCUGAGAGCCCCAGUCAGGGGCCCACGGGGCAGGUGCAGUAUUCUGUGCCAGUGUCUGAGGAUGUGGAUGAACGUGUGAUAAAUACAAAUCUGGACAGUCUGCUGGAAAAAGGAGCUGAGGUCAGCGUGAACUCUGUUCAAGGUGCCAUUCCUACUAACCUCCCAAACACAGCUGUAGGGUUGCGUGCUACCUACCCCUCUGCUCUUCCAGCCUCUUCAUCCCCACUCACUCCCCCUUAUUUUGGCUCCACCAUCAGCCCCCUCACUCAGCUAGACUCUUUUUCAGCACUUGGCCAGAGUGAGAGCUCACAAGCCAUGGAGUCUCUCCUCCCUUUCACUGCUGGGGCUGGAGAGGCUGUUGGGAGGGCCAGAGCUGAAUCACUUGGUACACAAGGACUGGACUCUCUCUCUGAGUAUACAUUACCAGGUGGAAGAGUCUCUAGCAGUUUCUUCUCUGGAUUACGGAACCAUAGUACCAUUCAUGCCAAUGGCUCAGCUGCCACCAAUCUUUCCCUCUUGUCCCAGAAUCCACUGGCUGCUACCCAUGAGUUCAGACAGGCCUGUCAUGCCUGUUACAGCCGCAUAGGUCCUCGAGUCAUGGAUUACAAGUAUCAGCCCGAAGCAGCUCAUCGCUGUAAAAGAGAUGUGCUACUCUGUCGCCUCAAAUCAUCUGAAGACACCACUUGGAAGAGGAUACGACCUCGCCCUGCCCGCAAUAACUUCCUAGGAGCGUUUGUUCUUUGCAAAGAAGUGCAGGAGCGUCAGGAGUGCCAGUAUGGAGAAAACUGCACAUUUGCCUAUUGCCAGGAGGAGAUAGAUGUGUGGACCCAGGAGAGGAAAGGAGCUUUAAGUCGAGAGCUAUUAUUCGACCCCCUGGGCACAAAUGAGAGACGAGCACUUAGUGUCACUCGCUUGUUGCAGAUUCAUAUGGGCAUGUUCAUGUUCCUCUGUGAGGAAUGUUUUGACAGUAAGCCUCGUAUUAUAAGCAAGCGCAGCAAGGAGAACCUAGGUGUCUGCUCCAACCUGACUGCAAAGCAUCCUUUUGAUGAUAACAAGUGCCUGGUGCACGUGGUACGCUCAGCCAAUGUGCGCUACAGUAAGAUUCGUCCACUCCAUCCACUAUGCCAGUUUGAUGUAUGCCGCCAUGAGGUGCGCUAUGGCUGCCAGAGGGAGGACAGCUGUUCUUUCGCUCACUCAGUUAUUGAGCUUAAGUGCUGGGUGCUGCAACAGGACACAGGUAUCACUCAUGAGGAGAUGGUGCAGGAGUCUAAGAGACACUGGCAAAGACUGGAACAGAAUGCACAAAGACAGAAGCCCAUGCAUGUGCCUCAUCAAUCCAGCAGCACUAGCAGUAAUUCUGUGAGCAGUGCUGGUUUUGGGACUGGAGGAGGGGUUGGAGUGGGUGGUGACAGUAUUGGAGGUGGAGGCUCAGGAGGAGGCACAUGUGGUCGAGGCCGUGGGCUCAACCUCAAGAUGAAGUUUGUGUGUGGCCAGUGCUGGAGGGAGGGCCAGGUCAAUGAGCCAGACAAGGCCCUGAAAUACUGCACUGCAAAAGCCAAACACAGCUGGACAAAAGAGCGCCGGGUACUGUUGGUAAAAUCGUUUGAGAAGAAAAAGUGGGUAGUUGUACGGCCACUGCCUUUCUCUCGAACUUACCCCCAGCAGUAUGAUAUGUGUGUUCAUGUGAUGAAACAGAAGAAGUGCCACUACAUUGGAAACUGCUCUUUUGCGCAUAGUUCAGAAGAAAGAGAUGUGUGGACCUACAUGAAGAACAACAGUUUGAGGGACAUGCAGCAGAUGUAUGAUUUAUGGCUAUCACUGACCAAUCAGAACCGCCGGUCAGAUGGCCCCCUGAUGACUCCACCUCCUGAAGAAAAACAGAAUGCCAUGCCAGCUGACUACACUGAGUCAGUGGCUGGGCGGCGCAUGUCAGGAAGUGGGGAACUGUAACCCAGACCAAAGCAUUGAGUGGUAGGCCGUGUGACUACCUGGAUGAGGCUUCCUGUCACGAGAACCAGUCAGUUUGUAUUCUCCGUUCCCUUCAGUGCAACUUUAGGAGGCACUGUAAUCUCCUGCUGACAGUCUGACUGUAAGCCCAACAUGGUGAUAGUGAACACAAACAUACAUGCUUUCUCAUUCAUACCCAAAUACAUUUGUUGACAUUACACUUGGCUGUGUGUUUUGUAUGCAAACCAGUAAUGACAGCCUAUGUAAUUUAAGGUCAUUUUAAAUUCCUAAACCAAAUUAUGCCAGUUUAAUAUACAGGUGGUUCCGUAUUCUGUAUUCUUGCCAUAUUGGCAGAAGAAAAAUGAUUAUAUAGCCAGCAAAGGCCCUCCAAAUGAGAUGUGAAAUUUAUUGAACACACCUUGGCAGUUAUCCUUUGCCUGUCUGGCUGUUUCUUUAUAGAACUAACAUGUAGGUUUGCUGCCUGUCUAUCUCCGCCAUCCGGCCUUGCACUUACAUUCAGUUUGUGCUGUGUGAGCUGUGAAUGGGGCAAUGUUUGGUAAUGAGUAAAGAAGGUAAUUAAGAGCAGUGAUUGGAUAACAGUCUGCUCCUCCAGUACAAUAUGAUCUGACCAGUCAGACAUAAGAGACUUUACUGUUGUCAUAGUUUUGUGAAAUAAUGUGAUUGCUUUCACUGAGCAGGUUAAGAAGCAUAACUGAUUGGCAUUAGACUUGUUUGAGCUUAUUUACCCUGUGCCAUUGUAAAACUUUGGAUCUCACUAGGCUAUAUUCUAAAAUGAGUUCUUGAAUUCUUAACAGUUCAACUUGAAACAGAUCCACAAUAUUUCUCCAUAACUAAUAUUUUCUCAUUUCAGGCAGUGAAUGAAAUUGAACUUGGAGGGCUUUAGGCAGAUAAACUUGACAUGGUGUGCCUAUGCGUAAUUAUAUUCCCUCCAAAAAUAUAUAUAUAUACACACUCAUGAUAUACCUUGCUACUUUUAGUAAGCCCUGUCCAUACGUAUGGUGGACAUACAUAUUUACUAUACUACUAAUGAUUAUUGAUAAACUAGCAGUUAAAGCUUAAUUAAAUAUAGCCUGACCUUGUAUUGAUUACAUAGAACCUGUUGUUAUUGAACUAUGCUAUAUGACUUGUAUUGCUGAUUAGAUGACUAGUGAUUUUUCUUCUCGCUUCUGUGAGGGUCAUUCCAGAAAUGUCAGUUUUGUGAGGUUGCCCCCAGCCUGUACCACCAAAAAAAAAGAAAUAACUGUAAAUCUUACUGUUAGCACAUUAACAACUUAGAAAUAACAAGAACUUUAUGAAUUUGAGCCGGGGAGUUGUCUGGAUUUCAACACGUAUGAAUACAAUGAGGGGGUUUCUGGAAUGAUCUUAAUGUAUGCUUCAGUGAGAGAUUGUAUUAUUACUACUACUACUACUACUACUAUUAUGAUUAUGAUAAUGAUUACUAUUAUGACUGUCUAUCCUCCUAUAUUCUAUUGAUAUAUGUAUAUGUUAAUUGCAAUGUAUAACUCUCUCUUAAGUAUAUGUAUCAAUGUAUGAACAUAAAACAUAACAGUGAAUAGUCUAUGUAUGCUGAGAGACUUUCAGAUUAGGGAGAAGGCGCUGUGUAGAUACAUGUGCUUGAGGUUUUGAGAUGGUCACUAGUUUAUUUAUGGGCUAGAAAACAAGUACAGUGUGAGUUUACAAAGAGGUCAUACACUAUUGCUUUUUCUUCUGAUUUGUUUGGAACGUGUUUUGUUUCUAAUGGUAGGAUCCACCAUGUGCCUUUAUUUUACCUUCGAUAUGACAGGUGAAUUAAGUGGAAUGAUAAUAUGGAGAUAAUUAUAUUUCAAAACAUGCAGCUUCAGGUGCCCAAACGUCUUGCCUGGUUCUGAAAAAGUCCUCAAGCACAUGUAUUGUCAGCUGUAUUGUGAGGGAAUGCUAAGCAUACAUAAGGGUUUUUUUUUGCAUAGCACCUUAUACAAUAUGAACAUAUAUACAAUUAUAAAUAUCCUGAGCAUAUAUAAUCUUUCUCCUUCAAUAUAUGAUAAAUAUAUACAUACUUAGACAACUUUAAUAAUGAAAUAGAUGCAAGGUGGUGGAUGGGUUUUGUGGUUUGUUUUGUUGGCUGAUGUGGUUGGUUGUGGCAUGCAGCUCCAGUUGUACUGAACAUUCUCCUGUGGAACAUCGACACUUUCCACAGAAUUGUUGUGUUUUCUGGUUUUGGUAGCAGUUUCCACUCUUGAUGACAGGUAGACAAUCAGAAGAAGUGUGAGUAAGCUGAACAGGAGGUGCAGAGAGACUCAGCUUACAGACACUAUCUCAAUCAUGCGGAUGUUUGCAAAUGGUCAUAUCAAAGGGUCAGAAUCUCUGGCCACUGGAUAUUCAACAGGGUUAAGAGAGAGCAUCAUCCACUCAACUAAAUCACAUCCUUGUCAUUUUCAACUUGAGUUUACUUCAUUUGAAUGUGAACAUGUGACAUUUUGACUCCUUCCCCAAGUAGUUUGAACAAAUGGGGAGAGAUUGCACAUGAUUAGACCGUUUGUGUUUAAUACUCUCUAAAGCCAAGUCUCCAUUUUGAAUGGCAGACAGUUAAACAUUGAUCUUGACAUGACGUUCCAUAUUUUAUCCUGAAAAGAUGUCAUGUCUUUUCAACAGAACACAGAAUUAUGGAUAAUGUUUAAGAUGCUGUUCUCUGUCAAGAUUAAUUAUUUUUCAAAUAAUAGCUGAAAAAAAAAAUCAGGGUUUUUGGAAAAAAAAAAAAAAAACAAUGCCUCUUUUUGUACUGUAUUUUUACAUUGUUUGUUUUGUUUCUCCUUUUUGCUCCCUUAUUGGAAUGAAUAUUGAACACAGUGGACCAAAUCUCAUGAGUGCUUAACAAUAAACAGAUUGUUUUAGAA